AUGGAAAUUGAAGGCACAGAUAGAUCCAAAACCCUAAUAAAACCGGGUCAAACCCGAGAAUUCGGCAGAGGUCAGGGCUUCAACUCCAUUGAUAAAACCAUUUCCCGCCACCACGUUUCCUUUCACCUCCCCAAAAAUGAAACCCGGGUAUAUUUCCAUGUUAUUGGCAAGAAUCCGAUUUGGGUACACACCGCUAAAUUUAACGAAGUCAAGGCUUUUCGGAGCACCGAAAAAGGUGAGAUGGAGAGUGGUGACAUGUUCUGCGUGUCCGCAAAGAAUCCCAUUUGGUUCACUUUGAAGAAAACUGAAAUUGAGGUUCCAGACGAUGGUGAAAAUGAAAAUGAGUUGAAAAGGGAGUCGUGUUUGGAGAGUACAUUGGCUGAGAGCUUGCAAAGUGGUUCCGGGCCAAAAGGUGUCGAAGAAUUGGAGCCCGAGUCCGUUGAUAUUUCGGGUAUAGACCCGAUUAAAGAGUUCGAGUUUGUGGUCAUGGGACACGAGUUUGAUCGCUAUCCAAAGAAAAUGAUUCGUGACGUCAAGAAUUUUGAUUGGUUUCUUGAGAAACCAGGGGAAGAUAGUGAUGAUGAUGAGAAGAAAGUGAAGAAGGGAGGGCGAAGAAAGAGGAAGAAAGGUGAACAAAACGACGAUGAGUGGACGGGGGAGAGUGAAGAUGACAAGGAGGUUAUUACAAAGUCGAGAAAUGUUCAAAGACGUAAAUAUACGACGAGGUCCAAGGAUCAUAAUAAAUUGGAUAAUGAUACAAGCAAGAGUAAAUGCACAGCCGGAAUGAAAAGUAGAAACAUGGAUGAGGAAGAUGAAGAUGAAGAUGAUGAUGAAACGUUGGGAGGCUUCAUUGCUACCGAUGAAGAUUCUGAACAAGAGGAAGAAGACAUAGGUAGGGAAGAGGAAGACGAAGAAGAAGAAUUGGUGGACGAUUUUGACGAAGAGGAUGAUGAAUAA